AUAGAGAUAGAGGAUAUAUACCUCUAAUCUCCAUAGUGUCAGUACUCAGCUGCUCUAUGCUUAAGUUUUGAUUUUAGAAUUGAUUACAUUGUCCUUUUUGUUUAUUAUCGUUACUACUUUGUUUUGUGGGCGUUUAUUGUUAUGAUUAGAGCUAAAUUACAAUAUAAUAAUUCAACAUGAGCGAAGAAACAAAUAGUAACGUUAAAGAAAUCAGAGAACUAUACUCCAUGUUCCAUCAGGAGUACAUAAUUAUGGCAGAAUAUCGUAUGUUGCAAACUGAAAAUUUGGAAGGGAUUUAUGUUAUACCGUCAUAUGAGAACUCAUUUCAGUGGUUUGGUGUAGUUUUCGUGAGAGCAGGGUUUUAUGAAGGUGGAGUGUUUAGGUUCACUCUUACGUUACCUGACAAAUUUCCCAAUGAAGAAGUUCCUGUUUUAGCAUUCACUUCACAUUUAUACCAUCCUGCAGUUGAUGCCAACACAGGAAUUCUUAAUUUAAGCCAAGUAUUUCCUCAAUGGGACCGAAAAAGGAAUCAUAUAUGGCACAUAUUGAAAUAUCUACACUUAAUAUUUCAUAAUUUAAACAUGAAAACACCUACUAAUGUGGAGGCUUCAGUGGCCUAUAAAACAAACAGAAAGAUUUUCACAGAAAAAGUGAAAGAGUGUGUGGUUGCCAGCAUUGAUCAUGUUUAUGAUGAACCCCCAACUGAAGACAAGCACUACAUAACAUUUAAACCCUAUGACUCAAAAAUUCAUGACUCUGCAAGACACCAAAUGCUGAAACCAUCAACACCUGAUGAAGGCAUGAAUCAGGGUAUGUCAUGGGUCCAACCAGGAUCUUACCAACCAUUCUCCAAGGAAGAAACCACAUAAUCUCUAAUUAUGAUUUAUAUGUAUAGUUAAUAUUAAACUAAUGCAGAUUAUUAUACAGCCAUAUUGAACACCUGUGAUAAACAAUUACAUAUUAAUAACCACAUUUCUACAGAGGUAAUAAUUAAAACAAAUUUGUUAAAUAUUAAAAGUUUAUUCAAAUAUCACAGGGAAGAAGCAUCAACCCAACAAAUAAAAAACAUUACUUUUAUGUGGACAACUUUAUUAGUAUAGAAGCUGUUACUAUUUACAGAGUUAAUUAAUUUGUUAUAAUUGUUAGCCUUAAGAGAACUAGUUAAAAUUUUGUACAAUUAAUUCUAAUAUCAUUAAUGUAAUAAUAUAUUUAUUGAACUAA